AUGGCACCCGGCGUCCUCCUUGACGAGCCGCAGGCUGAGCUCUUCCACACGUCCCCCAUUGCACACCAACCCAGUAAGAGUAACGAGAACGCUCCACGCCACCUCUUCCCAGACGGCAUCCGGACCUCCGGCCAACACCCUCCCCUCUAUGAUACCCUCAAGCCCUACUCCGCCUUCCCCAAGCACAUCACCGGCCCCACCGUCUGGCAGGCCUCCGACUUCACAUCCCACCCAGAACGCUGGGUGCACCCUCUCACCACACAAGAAAUCAACGAACUCUCCGAUGCAGCAGACGGCUACAUCGCCUCGGGCGCCCCCCUGACGGGGAUUUCCCAAGCCACCUUCCCCUUACCCACACUCUCCGCGUCUCUCGCUGCCCUGCGGGACGACCUCCUCAACGGCAAAGGCUUCACCCUCCUCAAGAACUUCCCGGCCGGCCUCUGGUCCCCCGAGAAGAACGCCGUCGCCUACCUAGGCCUCGGCAUCUACCUCGGCUACCCCAUCUCGCAAAACGGGCGCGGCCACAUCCUGGGCCACGUCAAGGACGUCGGUGACGACCCGACCCAGAUCCACUCGGUGCGCAUCUACCGCACCGCUGCGCGGCAAUUCUUCCACGCCGACGACGGUGAUGUAGUCGGCCUGCUCUGCGUGAACCGUGCACAGGAGGGCGGCGAAAGCGACAUUGUCAGUGUGCAUAAUGUCUGGAACGUGCUGCAGCGUGAGCACCCGGAUGUCGCGGAGUUGCUGACCCAGCCGAUUUGGUACUUUGACCGCAAGGGCGAGGUCAGCGAGGGCCAGGACGAGUACCUGCGGCAACCGGUGGUGUACUUGGAGAAUGGUGGUCAGGGGCGACUGUACUGCAAGUGGGAUCCGUACUAUGUGCGCAGCCUGAAGCGGUUUGAGGAGCGUGGUGAGGUGCCGCCGUUGUCGGAGGCGCAGAAGCGGGCGAUGGAGAUCCUUGAGGAGACGUGCCAGCGUGAGGCGCUGCAUAUGGUGCUUGAGGUUGGAGACGUGCAGUUUGUGAGCAACGCGCAUCUGUUGCAUGCGCGGACGGCAUACAAGGAUUUUGCUCCCCCCGCACCACGAAGGCAUCUGCUCCGGUUGUGGCUGGCCACGCCGGAGGGUGAAGGAGGCUGGGCCUUGCCCAUGCCGGACAGCCACGAGAAAAAGCGUGGUGGUGUCCAGGUCAACGACACGCCACCCAGGGCGCCCCUUGAUGCGGAGUAA